GUGGGGACUUAGCUUCUUCGUCUGUCUCAGCAGCUUAUCGGCCCGUGCUCUACGCUCAUGGCUAAGGGUCCCUUUUCGCGCAAGCCCUGGGGUCCAGAGCAGAUGUAUUUCGACUCUGACCCUGAGUACGAGGGCCUGUUCGAUAAGCCUUCCCUGGAGGAGGGCCACACCGCGCGUGCACCCAAGUCUGCAACCUCGGCUGGCAGGAAAUCUGGUCGGCGCUCGGGUGGGAGGGCUCUGGGGACCCGCGCCGGGCUGCCCCGAAAGGCCGCCGCGCGUCCAGAGCCCAAGGAAGAAGAGCCUCCGGUGGAAGAGGGCUGCUACCUCGACCACUUCCCGCACCUCUCCAUCUUCAUCUACGCGGCCAUCGCCUUCUCCAUCACCUCCUGCAUCUUCACCUAUAUCCAUCUGCAGCUUGCCUAAGUGGCCAGGGCCCGACGGGGUGGGCGCAGAGUCGAGGGGAAGGGAGGGGAGGGCAGGGCAGGGAAAAGAGAAACGUAGCCUUUUGUUUCGGAGACGCGUUGCACCCCCUUCAUCUAGCGUCCAAUGCUUCUUUUCUUUGUUGUCGCUUUGUCUAAUUGCUCAUCAGACGGUCCAGAGUCGCUGCAGACAAUGAAAUAGUGAUGCUGCUUGCACCCGUACAUUGAGUGCAAUUAGUAUAAUCCUGGAUUGAAUUGAACCCCGUUUGUAAUUAGGAUGUCUCUGUAUCGUACCACUUUGUGACGUGAGGGCCCAGCAUUUUUGUUGUUUGUAGAGCGCAGAGUUCAACCUUCUGUCGUUUAAAGGAUGAACCAGACCCGAGCCUGCGGCCUCUCUCAGAGAGUACCUCAAGGAGAGUCAGCACCCUGGCUCGGAGUGCUGGAGCCUCAUGAUGCUGCGUCACACCGGGAUGAGCCAGUUGUGCCUAGUUCUUUUGGUCAGAACUCUGUGAUCACCAAGCUGGCGGACCGGGAGAGCAGCGGAUAUGGCUGGAUGCUGGAGGAGGUUUUGUGGCUACCAGAAGGACCCACGGCCUGAGUAAGCAGAACGGACCACCAGAAAACCAACGCUCAAGAUGGGUUUUUGGACUGUGUGGAACAGGAGACCACAGGUCUUCAGAGAUGGAGGCCUGGAAUUGCGUGUAUUCCAUGAGAUGAGACUGUGGGGCUUUCCUUUGCUGCGGGCCAUAGGAGGACUAUGCUAGAGAAUUCCAUGGUGACUUCAUUUCAGCCUGGAGGCCUUCUGAAGCUGUGGUACCAAGAUGAAGGGGCUGGGAUUGAGGACUGUCCGUAACAAAGAGUUCCUGCUGAGACGCAAAACAGUGAAUACCAGUUUUUUGUUUGUUUGUUUGUUUUGUUUUUGGAGGUUAGUCACCUACCCACUGCUUAUUCAUGUCAGCUGCUCAAAAGCAAAACUCCAACGCUGCUAUACUCUGGAAAUGUCUGUAAUUGCAGUAUGUCUGAUGGAAUAAAUCAUAUGCUCAGUCUCCUCUGUA